AUGCGAUUCAGAACUUUGCCACGUGAGAGCCAUAACAGUACCUCCGUGCAGGCUGAGGAGAACAAAGACAGAGCCCAUUUCUUCACAAAGCACUUUAGAACCUUCUCAGUUAGCAGCCUCGAUAUGACCGUGAAGAAGUUAUCACCCACCUCGGCCUCCGGCAGCACCUCAAGCACCGAGGAAGAACAAGCCCAUAAAGAGGGAGUCCCCUCUGCCUGGGGAGGAGACGUCUCCUGCCGUAGUGAAGAAAAGCAAGGGGACGACAAGACGAGGAAGUCACCAAAGAGACCGGCGCAGACGCCGAGCACCAAGUGGCGUCCCGGACCUUCGAGGGGACGACAAGACAAGGAAGUCACCAGGGAACCGGCACCAGACGCCGAGCACCAAGUGAAGCGUCCCCCGGACAGCAAGGGACGACAAGACGAGAAGUCACCAAGAGACCGGCACCAGACGCCGAGCACCAACAAGGGACGACAAGACGAAGUCACCAAGGGCCGGCACCAGACGCGAGCACCAAGUGAGAAUACGGACGACGAGGACGACAAGACAAGAAGUCACAAAGACCGACUUGAACGCCCGAGCACCAAGUGGCGUCCCCGGACAGCAAGGGACGACAGACAAGAAAUCACCAGGACCGGCACCAGACGCCAGGCACCAGUGACGUCCCCGGACAGCAAGGGGACAAGACAAAGUCACCAAGAGACCGGCACCAUACGCCGGCACCAAACGCCCGAGCACCAAGUGAGCGUCCCCGGACGUAAAGGGAGACGACAAGACAGGGAAGUGCCAAGAGAUGGCACAGACACCGAGCACCAAGUGGCGUCCCCGGACAACAAGGGACGACAAGACGAGGAAGUCACCAAAGAGACCGGCACCAGACGCCGAGAAGCCCUGCUGAGCAGCAAAGCGCACGAGACUCUGGGCGCCGGGGCCUUCGGCUCCUGGCUGCAAGACCCCUCGCUGCCAGACCUGCUGAGGCGUCGUGCCGGAAUCACCCACACGCUGCAGGAACUGGCCAGGAAGGCUACGCCCACAACGACGAUUAAGGGCGAUAACGUGUGUGCGCGACAGCAGUCGAAGGCCCAGAAGGCCACCGUGAUUAGACUUGGGCGUGGCCGAGCGACGCUGGACAUGAGGCAGAUGAAAUAG